CUUCAUAUGCAGCGAAUUCCUCUAACAUAAGACACGCUUCUUACUCACAUGGCCAGUUACUUGCUUUCGCCACGACGAAGACCAACGAACGGCCGCUCGCUGCUCUGAAGCUAUUGAUAUCGCUAUAAAACUAAUUGCAACCGUAUGCAGCUUCUAGAAUCAUCUAACUGAACGGUGGCUAUCGAGGCCUUCGCGUCACGAGAAUGAAAAUAGGCGUCGCGGUCGCUGGGGGCUUUGGGGCGCUGCUGCUCCUGACCCCUCUGGCGACCUUUCUGCUGGCAGCGUCCGCCCAAAAGCGGAAGACCUCACCAAAGGGAGGCGACAAAGCGGCGAGGAAGUCCGAAACCAAGGAAAGCAAUGACAAGGCGGUGCCGAUGAACGCGGGCAACGCAGCGCCUCCGUCGGCAAGGGCGGUGGCGGCGGCACCCGCCGCCGCCGCCGCUACCGGAGGCAACGCCAUCCUAGCGAGGCUCAAGCAGCAGCGGGCAGCGCCGCCGCCGCCGGCGGUAGCGGCCACGGCGGGGGCCAAGCCGCCGCUUACCUUCGCCUUUGCCAGCCAGACCGGCACCGGCGCGGAGAUUGCGCGCAACCUGGCGGCGGAGGCGGUGGAGAAGGGCUACAAGGCGCAGUGCAUGUCCCUGACGGAGCUUGGCUACGCCGCGCUCACGUCCGGCCGCACGCCGUAUCUGGUGAUUGUGGCGUCCUCCACUGGCGACGGCGAUCCGCCGGACAACAGCGGCGCUUUCUUUGUGGCGCUUCGCAAGAAGCAGGAGGGCAAGCCGCUUGUCGGCGUGAAGUUUACGCUUUUGGGUCUGGGUGACUCCAACUACACGCGAUUCAUGUAUGUAUCCCGCGCCAUCAAGGGCCGGCUGCUUGAUCUGGGUGCGGCCGAGUUCUACCCGUGCGCGGAGGCGGACGAGGUCGACGGCAUCGAGAGCGUUGUGGACCCGUGGAGCGAGGGGCUGUGGACCGCGCUGGCGGCUGAGACGCCGGCGGCUGCUGAGCAGCAGCCGCCUGCUGAGGUCGCCGCUGCCGCCCCAGCGGCCGCACCCGUGGCUGCUGUGUCGGUGGCUGCCCCGUCCGCCAGCGUGCCAGCGCCCAGUACAGGUGCUACGUCAUCUGCCGCUACAGGCGGCAACGCCAUCCUGGCACGGCUGCGUCAGCAGCGCGCCGCACCGAUGGAGGGGGGCGCAGCGACGGCUGCUAUCGAACCGUCGACCACCGCCGCCGCCGCUUCGUCGGCUCCUGCUGCAGCAGUGGCUGAAGCAGGGGUCGUGGUGCAUGUGGCCACCGCUGCGGCGCCGCCUGGCAAGCAGGAUGCCGCCACGGCUGCAGCCCCUGCACCCGCCGCCGCCGCCGCUACCGGAGGCAACGCCAUCCUAGCGAGGCUCAAGCAGCAGCGGGCAGCGCCGCCGCCGCCGGCGGUAGCGGCCACGGCGGGGACCAAGCCGCCGCUUACCUUCGCCUUUGCCAGCCAGACCGGCACCGGCGCGGAGAUUGCGCGCAACCUGGCGGCGGAGGCGGUGGAGAAGGGCUACAAGGCGCAGUGCAUGUCCCUGACGGAGCUUGGCUACGCCGCGCUCACGUCCGGCCGCACGCCGUAUCUGGUGAUUGUGGCGUCCUCCACUGGCGACGGCGAUCCGCCGGACAACAGCGGCGCUUUCUUUGUGGCGCUUCGCAAGAAGCAGGAGGGCAAGCCGCUUGUCGGCGUGAAGUUUACGCUUUUGGGUCUGGGUGACUCCAACUACACGCGAUUCAUGUAUGUAUCCCGCGCCAUCAAGGGCCGGCUGCUUGAUCUGGGUGCGGCCGAGUUCUACCCGUGCGCGGAGGCGGACGAGGUCGACGGCAUCGAGAGCGUUGUGGAUCCGUGGAGCGAGGGGCUGUGGACCGCUCUGGAUGCCGAUAUCGCGCCGCAAAAGGACCAGGCAGCGGACCAGCCCCCGGUGGCCGUCACGGCGGGCCCUUCGGGGCCAUCGCGUAGAUCCGUGGAGAUGAUGACGGGUAUGUCCCGAACGCCGGCCGCGUCGGCGAUGCCGUCUAAACCCAGCACACCAGGGCCGCAGACGCCGACGACGCCAGGGACGCCGUCGGCGGUCGCAGCGACCGCCCCGGCGCUGGUGGACGCCCCCAGUCGCAGCUUGGUGCCAGAGACCUCGGCAAAAAGCGCGGUCCCGAAGGUGGAAGAGGCGGCGGUGCCAGUCGCAGCGACAGGCGGCGCGGCAGUGCUCGCCAAGUUGCGCAGCGGGCAGCCAAACGCCGACUCAGCCGAGUCGCUGACUGUGGCCGCGGCGGCAGCCGCACCUGAGGCGGCUGCGAAGCAGGAGAACACGGCCGCCAAGUCGGCACAGCCUCCCGCAGAGCCCGCCAAGCCGCCCGUCACUUUUGCCUACGCCAGCCAGACGGGUACGGGCGAGGAGAUCGCACGCAACCUGGCCGCGGAAGCCAUUCAGAGGGGCUACAAGGCCAUCUGCGCGCCGCUCAACGAGCUAGGAUUCGCCGCCAUCACACCCUCUCGCACGCCCGUGCUCGUGGUUAUCGCCUCCUCCACUGGCGACGGUGACCCGCCGGAGAACGCCACAAACUUCUUUGUGGCGCUUCGCAAGAAGCAGGACAAGCCCGCGCCGCUGGCUGGCGUGCGGUACACGCUGCUGGGCCUGGGCGACUCCAACUACACACGCUUCAUGGGCGCCCCCCGGGCGAUCAAGAGCCGGCUGGCGGAGCUGGGCGCGGCCGAGUUCUACCCGUGCGCGGAGGCGGACGAGGUCGACGGCAUCGAGAGCGUUGUGGAUCGGUGGACUGCAGGGAUAUGGGCCGCCAUCGCGGCGGCCACUGCGGCGGGCCAGGACGCUAUGGCGGCGGUCAGCAUCGAUGCACCAUCGGCCACUGCUGCCGUGAAGCCGGCUGCGGUGAAGGUCGGGCCCUCCGAGAGCGAAAUUGCGGCGGCAGCUGCAGCUGCGGCUGUGGCCGCGGAGGCCGCUGCCAAGGCGGCAGCGGAGAAGGAGGCGGCUGAGAAGGCGGCAAAGGAGCCGGCUGAGAAGGCUGCGACAGAGGCGGCGGAGAAGGAGGCGGCGGAGACAGCAGCAAAGGAGGCAGCUGAGGCCGCCGAGAAGGCGGCAAAGGAGGCUGCGGAAAAGGAGGCCGCUGAACAAGCGGCCAAGGACGCUGCAGAGAAGGAGGCCGCAGAAAAGGAGACCGCGGAGAAGGCGGCUAAGGAGGCCGCAGAGAAGGAGGCGGCGGAGAAGGAGGCGGCGGAGCAGGAGGCGGCGGAGAAGGCGGCUAAGGAGGCCGCAGAGAAGGAGGCCGCAGAAAAGGCGGCGGCGGAGAAGGCAGCCAAGGAGGCGGCUGACAUGGUCGCCGCCGAGGCCGCAACCCGCGCCGGCGCGGAGGCCACCACAGCUGAGGAGGCAGCGACCGCUGCCACCGUCUCCGCCGCUGCUGACGCGGAGGAGCUCGCGGAGGCGGAGGCCUCGGCGGCGGCGCUGGCCGCCGCUGCGCAACACCCCGAGCGGCCGUCAAGCACUGCCACGUCGGAUGAUGGCGGCUCGCUGCUGCCCUCCUCCCUGCUCUCUGUCAUGGAAGCGGGCGCUGCGCCGGGCGCUCACGACCACGGCCUGCCCACCAUUAAGGAGAGCCGCGUGUUUGAGGAGGAGCCCGAACCGGAGGCCGCGGCCGAAGCCGGCGCCAAGGAGGGCAAGCCCAGCGGCUUAAAGGUGCUGCCAGAGGCGGCGACAGAGGACGGCGACGACCCACUGCUAUCGCCGCGCGAGACGGAGGACGGCGGCGAUGACAUGCUGUUGACGCCGCGCGGCUCGGUGCGCGGCGGCGGCGGGCGGCCGGACUCGCGCGGCAGCGUGGCUUCCAGCACGGCCACGGGCACGACGGGCACGUGGCGGCGCAGCGUGGACCUCAAGAGCAAGUCGCACAUGGUGGCGGAGGCGGCAAGGCGGCGCUCGCUGGAGAAGCCGGCCCGGCUGCAGGCCAAGCCGCUCAACGUGAACUUCCCCAAGCGCGAGGAGAACGUGGUCAAGCGCAAGGAUGAGAAGGCCUACGGCCUGCUUCUGGGCCUGGCGCCGGUGGGUGUGGACACCAAGGGCGCGCCCGCGCUGCUGCCGUGCCGGCUGCGGCUGCUGUGGGAGAAGGACGAGAAGCGCACGGACGGCGUGCUGACGCGGGAGAUGCUGCGGCCCAGCCGCGAGGAGCGACACAAGCUGGACCCAGGGGGCAUGUACUCGCCGCAGCAGCCCUUCUGGGCGCACAUCUCCGACGCCCGCUACGAGACGGCGUUCUGGUCGGACCGCAAGGUGCUGCACCUGGAGCUGUCCAUCCGCGGCUCCAACAUCGCCUACAGCCCCGGCGACGCCAUCGGUGUGCUGCCCGCCAACCACCCAGACCUGGUCGCCAACCUGUGCAAGCGCCUCAACCUCAACGCAGACCGCGUGUUUUACAUCUCCGCGCCAAAGGACACCUCGCAGGCUGGCGACGCGGCGUCAGAGGCGGGCGAGGCCGCGCCGGCCACGCCCGCCGGCCGGCCCGCGACGCACAUCCCCAGCCCGUGCAGCAUUGGCUACGCGUUUGCUAACUGCGUGGACCUGACCAGCCCCGCGCGCAAGAGCCUGCUGCGGCUGCUGGCGGAGCACGCGCACGACGCGUCCGAAAAGCGCACGCUGCUGUUCCUGUCCGCCAAGGGCGGCAAGGACGCCUAUGCGCACGAGAUUGCGGAGCACCAGCCCUCGCUGCUGGACCUGUUGGUGCGCUUCCCCUCCGUCACGCCGCCGCUGGAUGCGCUGCUGGACGCGCUGCCGCCGCUGGCGCCGCGCAUGUACAGCAUCACCAGCAGCCGCCGCGACAGCGCCAAGGGGCCCAACCGGCUGAGCGUGGCGUUGAGCGUAGUGCGCUUCAAGACGCGGUACGGCACGCGGCUGGGCGUGGCGUCGGCCUGGCUUGACCGCCUGGCCUCGCCCUGGACCACGGAGGGCAUCAGCAACCCCGCCAACCCCGUGUGGGUGCCCAUCUACCUGCGCCGCUCCGCCGACUUCAAGCCGCCCGCGGACCUGUCCAGCCCGCUCAUCAUGGUGGGCCCCGGCACGGGUGUGGCGCCGUUCCGCGGCUUCCUGCAGGAGCGCCGCGCGCUAAUCCGCGAGAACAAGCCCGAGUCAGUGGGCGAGGCUGUGCUGUUCUUCGGCUGCCGGCGCGAGGACGAGGACUACAUCUUCAAGGAGGAGCUGGAGCUCAUGAAGGCGGAGGGCACACUGUCGGCGCUGCACGUGGCCUUCAGCAGGGCGCAGGAGACCAAGGUGUACGUGCAGGACCUGAUCAAGGCGCAGGGCGAGAAGGUGUGGGGCCUGCUGCAGGCGGGCGGCUACUUGUACGUGUGCGGCGACGGCGCGGCCAUGGCCAAGGACGUGCACGCCGCACUCAUCGCUGUGGCUGGCACACACGGCGGCCUGAGCGAGGCCGACGCAACGGCCUUCCUACAGAACCUGACACGAGAGCGGCGGUACGUCCGCGACGUGUGGUCUUGAAGCGACAGAUGAGGGUUGUAGAUGCAACGGCAGCGAUGCGUGGGGUGCAACGCGGGUGCGACGGAGGCGGAGCACCUACGGACAUCACACACAGUGCGCAGGGUCGCAGGAUGUGGUCGUGGGUUGUGUGUGGUGAUACCAGGCAGGAAGCUGAGUGGCACAGAACCAGGAUAUCGGCCGUCAGGCGUGUACGGUAUAAAAGAUGGCGAUGCUAUAGCUCGAUUUAACGUCGGAAACUGCCAUCCACCCUCAUCCACUCCGUCCACCCCUGACUCUGUCCGCUGCUGUAUGCCGUACGCGUGCCGCCGUCCUUGCUGGAUCGUGGCCUAAGCUAUUCCACGUUACAGACUACACGGCACGCUAGACGGCACGCUAGAGAUGACCGCCAUGAACCGCCACAUGCACACGAACUCUCUGUACGAGCGCGCCGCGAUGCGCGCGGCUUACCCCGGCCACCACGCGCUGCGCACAGAAGUUAAU